AUGACAAUUGACAAUAUAUUAACGGAUGGCAAUCACUUUGGUAUUUUAAAUGAUGAUCGAUUAUAUAAACCACAUUCAACUAGGGUGCCAUAUUAUCAAGCAUUAAUUGCUUCAUCUUUAGGUAUAUUUGCCAUCACAGCUUUUUCAAUAUUAAGACUGAAAUAUCCCCAAAUAUAUGUUGCAAAUUUAAAUCAUUUAAAUUUUGGAACAAGAACAAGAAAAAAUUUACCUAAAUUAACAAAUUCAUUAUUUGGUUGGAUUCCAAUUGUAUUUAAGAUUAGUGAACAAGAAAUAUUGGAACAUGCAGGAUUAGAUGCUGUUGUGUUUUUAGGAUUUUUCAAAAUGUGUAUUAAGGUUAUUGGAGUUAUGUUGAUCUUAGCUAUUACAGUUAUUACUCCAAUUAGAUACAAGUUUACCGGUAAAAUUGAUCAAGAUUAUCCUGAUGAUGAUGAUGAUCAAAACAAUGGAACUAGCAUACACAUAAUAGAUACUUUAGCAGGUAGCAAAUUAGAUCCAAAUGAAACAUAUCAACAUUAUUUAUGGCUUUAUACCAUUUUCACUUAUGUUUUUACAUUUGUUACUGCUUAUUUUUUAUUUGAUGAAACAGAUAAAGUGGUGAAUAUGCGACAAAAGUACCUUGGUGGUCAAAAUUCUAUAACUGAUAGAACGGUGAAAAUCUCAGGAAUACCUGGCAUAUUGAGGGAUGAAUUUACAUUAAAGAGACAUAUUAAUAACUUAAAUAUUGGUGAAGUUGAAUCAGUAUUGGUUGUUAGGGAAUGGCAAAACUUGAACAAACUUUUCAAAUUAAGGAAUUAUUUUUUGAAAAAAUUAGAAACUUAUUGGGUUGAAUAUUUCCAAAGAAAUGGAAUUGAAAAUAAAUCUGAUUUAUUGACUGUGAAUUUACUGCCCACAAUUGGUGAACUGAUUAACAUGCCAAGUAGCAAUAGUCGAAUUGAUGAUGAUGCAAGAUCUGUUAGCUCAACUAUACUUCAACAAAUUACUGAAAUUGUUGAAGCUACAUCAAAUCUGAAUUCUAUAAAUGAUUUAUAUUUGGAAAACAAUGAUAUAUUGUUAAGACCAAAAUUCCGAAAGGGUUGGUUUGGUUUAUUUGGUCCUCGGGUUGAUGCUAUAAACUUUUACACUGAUAAGUUAAGGAUUGUUGACAAACAAAUUGAAAAAGCAAGAAGAAAAGAAUAUGCUCCAACAUCAAGUGCAUUUUUAACUAUGAAAUCAGUAGCUCAAGCUCAAAUGUUGGCUCAAGCUGUAUUAGAUCCAAAAGUAAAUCAUCUUAUUACAAGUUUAGCACCGGCACCUCAUGAUAUUAGAUGGGAUAAUUUAUGUUUAACUAGACAAGAAAGAAAUUCAAGAAAUUUUGUUGUAACUUUAUUAAUAGGGGUAAUAAGUGUUUUGUUGGUUUUCCCGGUUAGAUACAUUGCUAGUUUUUUAAAUGCUAAAAGUAUAAGUAAAAUAUGGCCAGCUUUAGGUGAAGCAAUAAAAGCACAUCAUUGGUUAAAAACUGUCAUAACUGGAUUAUUACCAACUUAUUUAUUCACAAUUUUAAACAUUGUAAUUCCAUUUUUUUAUGUUUGGAUAUCGAAAAAGCAAGGUUUUUCAUCAAAUAGUGAUGAAGAAUUAUCAUCAAUAGCUAAAAAUUUCUUUUAUAUUUUUGUUAAUUUAUUUUUGGUUUUUACAACUUUUGGAACAGCUUCAUUGAGUGAUACUACUAAGAUAGCUUAUGAUUUGGCUCAAUCAUUACGUGAUUUAUCAUUAUUUUAUGUUGACUUCAUAAUUUUACAAGGUUUAGCUAUAUUUCCAUUCAAAUUGUUACUACUAGGUAACUUGAUUAAAUUUUCAUGGAAAACAAUAUUUUCUUGUAAAACACCAAGAGAUUAUCUAAAUUUGUAUAAGUCACCUGAAUUCAAUUUUGGAUUACAAUUACCUCAACCAAUAUUAUUGUUCAUCAUUACUUUGAGCUACUCAAUCAUAUCAUCAAAGAUUUUAUUCAGUGCUUUCAUAACCUUUGUCAUUGGGUAUGGAGUUAAUAAAUAUUUGUUACUAUAUGCUUGUGUACACUCACCUCAUUCAACAGGUAAAAUUUUAGUGAUGAUUUUCAGACGGAUAAUCUUAGGACUUUUAAUUUUUCAAAUAACAAUGGUAGGAACAUUAGCAUUACAACAAGCUUAUAUCUGUGCUGCAUUUAUAGCUCCAUUACCUAUGAUAACAAUGUAUUUUUUAUGGUGUUUUGAAAAUCAAUAUAUACCUUUAUCAACAUUUAUAGCAUUGAGAGCAAUUGAAAAUAAUCAAACAAUAAAUAGUCUGUUGGACUUAGAAGAAAAUCAAGAUAGUAAUUAUGAUUAUGAAAUUAAUCCUACUUUAGAUGAAAGAAGAGAGUUUAAUACUAAAUAUGAAUAUCCAAAUUUAAUAUGUGAUUUGAAUGGUCCAAUGAUUGCUUUAGAUGGGCCUGAUGUUUUAUAUAUUGAUAGUGAUGGUAAUACAAUUUGUAAAAAACAAAAUUUUAAGGAAUUGGAAAUUUGA